AAAAAUAGAGCAGCUGAGAAAAUAAAGACCCGAGCUUUAAUCUCAGGCAUAACUCCAACCGUUCGAUUCUGGCGAUUUCUCGCCGGCAAGGUUUAGAUUCCGGCUGAAAUGAUGGCCGCGAGCUCGCCGGACUGGCUCCCCGCCGGCUGGACCGUCCAAUUCCGAGCGCAGAACCGGGGUCGCAGUAGUGUGAUUUACAUCGAUUUGGAAACUGGGAAAAAGUUAUAUUCCAAAGACGAUGUUAUACGCUAUGCUAAAAAGGCCACCGAUGGUGGGGAACAGCCUUGGCCUACAGAUACCAAAUCCCCCUCAAAUAAAAGUCAUUCGCAACUGGCAGCAAACAGAGAUGAAUAUCCUGAAUGGUUGCCAAAUGGAUGGAAAGUCGAAUUGAGAACUCGACAAUCUGGCGUGCAAGCUGGAAGGGAGUACAAGUGUUACAUUGAUCCGUCGACACAAUGUACAUUUUAUUCCAAGCCAGAGGUAUUUCGACACCUGAGAACUGUAAAAUGCAAGAGCUGCAAAUCCAGAAGUCACAAAAUGGUAAACCGCAAGAGAUGUAUAAUCAAAACGAAGACUGUCACUCCCAUGCAGUUCCCAAGCAAAGUUGUUGUUGAGAAGCAUAAUGUGGAAGAUUUACCGCCAGGAUGGAUUUUGGAGAUCAAAGUUAGAAAGGUUUCAAAUCGAAUUAGAAGGGAUCCGUAUUACACUGAUCCAGUGCAUGGAUAUGUCUUCCGUUCCAAAAAGGACGUUAUCCGCUACCUACAAACUGGAAAGACUAGUAAACAUACAAUCAAACCAAAGGGCAUAUGCACCAAUGAUCCAAAGUUGACAGAAGAUGAAAUUGCACUGUCGUCUGCAACUAAAAGGCGAAAAUUGGAGAACCCUGUCACCAGGCGGCAGCAUGCUGAAGCUAAAAGGAGUUCUGAAUUAAGUGGCCUAGACUUACAAGAGAUAAAAAGCUCCAAAUUGCAAGAAAAGAGACCGACUGAAAUCGUAUGUGCUUUGGCUUCAAUUACUGCAGUGUUCCCAAAGAAGCAAUCUACUGAGAAUCUGGUUGAAGAAUGUGUAGAAACUAAGGGAGAAUGUUCCCCAAGCGGGUCGUCACAUCCAAAAGCUGAAGCCUCUAGCAAACAUGUGGGCAAAAGGUCAUCACAACGACUAGCUGCACUCUCUAACAAACAUGAGGCUAAAAGGUCCAAGUUGCAAGACAAGAAGGUAGAUGUUGCUUCGGCUCCGACAGCUGAGGCCAUCCCACAUAAGCAUCUAAGUGAGAUUGUGGUUGUAAAUUGUUCCAAAACCAAGGACGAUUAUUCUCCAAUCAAGUUAUUGCAGCCAAAUGCUAAAAUCUCCAACAAGUGUGAAGAAAAAACUGCAUUGAAUGAUGGUUCCUUGUCAGAUCCUGGCAAAGUGAUUAUUUCGGAAGAUGACCCUGCUUUGACUCCUGCUGCUAACUCCUUAGAUAAGGAGAACUCACAUAUGAGUCGGAUAGAAAGGAGCAGCUCUGGGAGGUCCCAAACAGAUGGAAGAAGAUCAAGAAAGAAGGAAAACCUCAAUUUGCCUCGUCGGUCCUCAAAACGACUUGCUGGGCUUGAACCAGAGCCAGUAAAAAGUCUGGUUUCCACUGUAAAGGCUCUUCAAGUUGCAACUAGAAAGUCUUGUAAAGGUGAUGGCAGUCCAGAUGCAGGUUUGGCUUCAGAUUAUUUUGUAAAUAUAGCAUCUCAGCAGCUUGGGGAUACAUCAGAAACACAGGUUGCACAUCAUACUAUGACCAAGAUAAUAUCUACCGUACAAGAGGAAUCAGUGAGCAAGGUCAAGAGGACAUUUGAUGGUCUUGAGCUGCCUGCAGAUUCCUUGUUUUCCAGUGAACAAACUCUUCACUUUGCACCUAGGAAGACUAGUGAAGGUGAUGGCAGUCGAGAUGUGGGUUUGGCUUCAGAUGUUUGUAUCAAUGCGGUUAUGAUGCCGGAUAUUGCAUCAGAACCGGAGGCUGCACAUGGUACGUUUACUGAUACCAACUCUACAUCACAAGGAGAGUCAUUAAACAAGGGCAAGACAACUCUUGAUGACGAAGCAGUUCCUAAAGAGCAACAUCAUAAGCUGGAACCUGAGACAAUGAAUCCUGAGAAGCCUGGACCAGAGCUCUGCUUUCUGUUUGGAUCAGACCCAUGCUUAGAAUUUGCCUUCAAAACCCUUACUGGGGAAUUGCCAAUAGCUGAAGCUGAAAAUAAUGAACCUAUCAUGAAACAUGCAUCUGAUAUGGUGCCAAAGGAGAACUCACUGGAAACUGGGAGCUGCAGUAGCAAAACAAGGGCAAUUUCAAACAAAUCUAAGAAUGCUAAACAGCUUAAGUUGCCUUGUCGGACUUCAAAACGGCUGGCUGGGGUUGAACCUGAGCUGCUGGUCAAGCCUAUGUCCAGUGAAAGAGGUCUUCAAAAUGCAAAAGCAAAGUCCUGUAGAUGUAAGACCCUCCCGGCUGUAGAUUCUGCACAUGAAGCAUCUCAGCAGUUUCAGGCAGGCCAAGAGAACAAGGUUGCUCUAGCAACGUGUACUAUUUUAGACCCUUCACUUCAUGAGGAACCCUCGAAGAAGAUUGAGAAAUCUCUCAAUGACCAAGUCGUUCCUGAGGAUAAACCCCAGAAGUUGGAGACUGAGAAGGCAGCUGUCGAGAAUCCAGUGUCACAGUUUUCAUUCCCUUUCCUGGAUACUUGGUCUGAUCCCUGCCUUGAAUUUGCAUUCAAGACCCUUACAGGUGAAAUUCCAAUCUCGGAUGAUUUCUUUCAGGGUUACUUUCAGGAAAACCUUGUCACCUCUCACAACCAGAGAGAUAGCUCGACACUGCCAGAUUUUGGCUCGCCUAACUUUUUCCAAAGUGACGUAUCACCUCAGUUCAAUGCGCCAGAACAAUCUAUUUUGGGUCGAUUUCCCACAAAUACUUCAUUGCCACCUGCCGGAAAUGUGAGCUUGCCAGAUUGCAAUGGGGUGGGAUUCGGCCAACAAUUGUCCAUGAGUUCUUCAUUUCUGCCUGUGGGAAAUAUGAGAAUUUCAAGUGGCAAUGGGGUUGGUUCCAGCCAACAUUCAUCUGUAAAUUCGUCGUUCGCGCCUGCCGGAAAUGUGGGCGUGCCAAAUUGGAGUAGGGUUGGUACACAGAACCCUUGUAUAGGAGCCAAAAAGGAUUUUCAUGGAAAGGUGAAGUCCUAAAUGAAAGGUAGCUCCUGUCAGCUUCUAAUCCUUAUACCUUUAGAAACUUGUUAGUUGUAUGUCUCCACUCUUUUGUGAUGUAGUUUAUAAGCUCAGAUCAGAAUGUAACUCUAUUUUGUAGUAUGUGUCGGUACCGGGUUUUGCUAUGCAUGUAAAACUGAACUGAUGUAGGUACUGACUGAUAGAUGAAUCCUGGUGCUGUUGAUCAAAACCUUUUAUAACUGUUGGGAGUAUCUGAUCAAAUGCUAGUUAUAUGC